AUUGCUAGGUUAGCACUGUGGCAGUCUGCUCAAGGUCCAGCGAUCAGUCGGGGUGCCCUGGAUCUUUUGCCUUCUAAUAUUCACCACGAUUCUGCCCUAGACCUACAUAAAACUUGUACCUUGGACAGAGCCGCACAGCAGUAUUGUUGCUCCUGCUUUUCAGAGCACAGCAUUCCCAUCUCCUCUGCUUCCUGGUAACUCUAGUGCCAACCAGCAUCUAGGAGCUGUUCUAAGUGGAAGUCGUAACCCCAGGUAUCUUCUCCUUAUCUCAUGUAAAAAGCUAUUUCCUAGCAGGACUGAAGAUCUUCUCACUAGACAUCAUAGUGAGGAAGACUGAACUUCUGCAAUGGAAGCACGGCGUCUGAAACAAGAUGUGCAGGCUUUGCUUGGAGAUUACAUUGGACAGAGACUCAGAGAAAAUGGAUUUGACCCCAAGGGAAAGACAUCCUCAACUUUGCUGGAUGACUUGGUACAUCAUGAUCUAGCUAUCAGUGUGGCUUUUUGGUGGUUGGAGAAACAUGAAGGACAAGAUCUGAUCCAGAGUAAAUUCCUGGGAACAAGCAGGCCUGGGCGUGGCCAGGACCCCACCCAUUUGGAGCAAGAAGCCAUGAUACUGUCCUCCUUUGCAGGGAUGCUCCUGAGGAAUCUGCCUGUGGAGGAGCUGCUGUCCUUAUACAACUGCAAACCGUCCACGGCUUAUCAGCAACUUCACACCAAGAGCACAAUCGUGCACCCGUUCACGCUGUCCCACCACCCAUUUGCCAUGCUCGGGGGCUACAAGGCUGUGGACCAUUCAAGGAAGCACACCCAGCGGCUGCAGCUAAGGAGGUCCGGCUGCAGCAAAGCCGGAGCGGCUGGGGAGCCCAGUGUGGCAGUGAGGUCUCUCGCCUCCUCCUCCCCGCAGACCUCCAUCAGCGCCAGUGAGGACAUGGCAAGAGAGGAAGAUGAAGAUCAUGAAGGCUGAGGCUGAAUGGUCGAGGCACUACGGGGACCACACCUGCCUGGCCCACUGAACUGCAGGCCUGAGAAUAAACGCUGCCAGAGAUCCCAGAAUGCAGUAUCACCUCUCCACAUAAGUGAUGAGCGACAAUGUACAAAGUGUCAACACAGGCAUGUUCUUCUUACUGUCUCUGUGGGUUUUGACUACAAUCAGUAGCCAUAUUCUGUAGAUUCUGUAAUGUUUGUCUUUAAUAAAGUUUUCACGAAAAUCA